GAGGCAGCGCGUGACACCGGCAACUGUGCCGCGGCGGCUCACCCGGCGGCGAGGAAAACGCGUGACAGAUCGACGUCCUCUUAUUCAACGGGUUGCCAAGUGGCGCGGCGGCGCGAGCGCGGAGUUUGACACAUCGAGGCGCGUGAACGCUAAGCAGAGAGCGGAGAGUUUUCUGCUGCUGUCCGCAAGGUUACCGAAGUGCAGCCAAAGAAAGAAAGAAAGAAGGAGGGGGGGACAGGAAAGAAACUCCACACAGGAUGUUCAGUGUCCCUGUUUUUCCAUCGAGGUUUAGUUUAAAAAGUCGCGUUUGGAGCUGAAGCGAUCAGGCUCUCUCUCUCUCUCUCUCUCUCUCUCUCUCUCUCUCUCUCUCCCUCUCUCUCUCUCUCUCUCGGUAAAUCCGGUUGUUAAUUGGGACGCAUCCGGACGCCGCUUGAGGGAUCCAGGAGUCUGCGGUUUCUGCAGUUCCCUCACUGGCUGGGGGCAAUGACAAUUCCUGUCUUUUUACAUUGACAACGAAAUGGGAAAAAGGUCCACAUUUGUCCACUAAGGAUGUUUCCGUCCCACAGAGAAAGGGAGCAACCCAUUUUCAGUUCCCGAGCGCACGUGUUCCAGAUCGAUCCAGCUACUAAGCGCAACUGGAUCCCAGCCAGCAAGCAUGCAGUCACCGUCUCUUUCUUCUACGAUGCCAAUCGGCAUGCCUACCGCAUCAUCAGUGUGGGAGGCACCAAGGCUAUCAUCAACAGCACCAUUACACCCAACAUGACAUUCACUAAGACAUCUCAGAAGUUUGGCCAGUGGGCAGACAGCAGGGCUAACACGGUGUACGGCCUGGGCUUCGCCACUGAGCAGCAGCUUAACCAGUUUUCUGAGCGCUUUAAGGAGGUCAAAGAAGCUGCUCGGCUGGCUAGAGAUAAAUCACAAGACAAGAUGGAGCUGGCUAACGCUGCCCUGAACAUUGCAGCUCCACAGGAUCUCUCGGACGAAUUGCAGUCACCGCCGGUGAUGUGUGUGAACGGGCCGGAUGAUAAACUCUUCCGGAGCCAGAGCGCAGACAUCACCCUAUCAUCAGAGAAAGAGCGUAUCAAAAAGAUGCUCUCUGAAGGCUCUAUCUGUGAGAUGAACCUGGAGACUGAGCUCUUCACCCUGCAGGACAGCAAUGCAAAACUGGUGGCUGCGCUGCACGAGGCUAAUGCCAACGUGGAGCAGUGGAAGAAGCAGCUGGCAGCGUAUCAGGAGGAGACGGACAGGCUGCGAGAACAGGUGGCAGAUUUGGAGAGCCGUGGAGGCCAAGGGCCCAGUGACAUACUGAAGGAUGAGCUCACACAGUCCCUGGAAGAACUGGAGGCUUUACUCAAGGCAAAAGAUGAGGAAAUCCGUAUACUUCAGGCGAAGAAGUCUAAUUUCCAUGAGAUGGAGCAGGAGAGAGAGGAAGCCAUUCACAGAUUACAGGACCUGGAGAUGCGUAACCUGGAUCUGGAGCGCCGGGUGCAGAGUGCUGAGCAAAGCCUGGCCUCCACCCUGGAAGAUCGAGACCGCACUGAGAAUGAGGUCCAGAGGGUCAUCCAGAUGCUCGACGUCAAGCUCUUUGACCUCAACGACCUGCGACAGACCCUCAUCAAACUGCUAGACAAGUAGAGCAGUAAAGAAAGUGCGGUGUUCUGUCUGAAUGAGCUGAAGUUGAGGUGAAAGAGAGAGAGAGAGAGAGAGAGGAGGUCCCUGUGAGCGACCAAAGCUCAGUGCCCCGGCUCAAAGAAACAGAACGGCUGCCGUACGAGAGGCGCCACAUAGUGUAGCUAUGCUUUCAAAUAUCAGAGGCUAGUGACGACACCUACACAACAUUUUGUUCUGUAGUUUUCUUUCAUGUUUCCUUUUGAUUUUUUAGUUAACAAUUUAGCAAUAAAUAUCAGUUUAAGUCAGUAUUCAGUUGAUUAUAGCAAUUGGGUGUAAAGUAUAUUUUUGAUACAUCAGGUGACACAAGGCUGAACGUUUCCAUUCAGUAGAAGAAAAUAACGAGUCCAAAUAGAUACAUUAUGGUGCAUUAUAUUAUGUCCUUGAUGUAAACCUAUUAUAACCGGUACUAUGGCACUGUUAAAUAAUAGCACAGAGAAGAAAUAAAGAGACGACGGGAGUUUAUGGUGAGCAUGAAACCGUAAUAUUAUUUGAAAUUUACAACUUUAUAUGAAGUAAUACAUUUUAAGAUUAAUUUCGAGGAGUGAAUGUUAAAUACGUUUGCAGUUUCUUUGCUGCGUGAAAGCAAGAGAUCCUCUGUAUGUAUACCAAAGACCAGAAACAUCACUGAUCUCUGUGGAGUCUACCUGCUCAGUAUGAUUUAUUCAUUGGUAGAAUAUUCUGGUCUGUAUUUAAUCUAGCAGUAAUCUUCAUAAGUAAUAUGGGAUGCGAGAAAGAAAGUAGUUGCUCGGUUUGAAAUGUACACAUGUAGUCGAGAUGUACUGUAGGCAAUGCACAAUUUAUUCUAAUAGGUUCAUGUAGGUUGUUAUCUCUAGGUAAGUAUUCAUUAUGUACAAGUUAAGGCUAUUUUUCCUGCAUUUAGGAAUGCCCGCUUGUGGCUUGGGUGGAACAUUGCACUCUACUUUUCUAGUUAGAUAUAGGGCUUCUAAGCAUUGUUCAACUUUGAUGUCACAGGCCUUGUCCAAGGCUGCAUGGUUACGUAUCGGAUACUGCUUCAGGAAACCUACCGCUUUGAUUAUUUGUAAAUGUGACCUGUGUGUGAAGAGGAAAUUCAUGAAUGUGAAUGUGACUUAUGAAUGUGACAACCUACUUUUUCCCCAUGCAGGCUAUAUGUACAGUUAACAUCAAGACUUAAUUUCAGAGAAAAUAAAAGGUUGUAGAUGAUAAAUCAAAAGGUUUUAUUUUUCCCUUUUACAUUUCCUAACAUGAGCAUGGUAUUGAUUUUAGAGCCUUGUAGGAGCACAAUCUUUUAAGGGAUACUUUUCAGCUACAGAUCACCUUAUUUGCUUUACAUCAUUCUGCAGACUGAUGUCCCUGACAAUGAACAGCUUUAUUUUAGUAAAGCACAUUUUAGUUUCAAUUUUCAUGUUUUGGCCUGCAAAUCAUAGGGCAAGUGAGAAUUUGUUUUACCUUAAACUGUGUUCUGAUCCAGAGACUGAUAUAUACACAUACAGAAUGUAAGCAGCCUGGCCUGGAAUAUUAUUCGUUAACAACUGUUUCUGUGCUGAGGUUGUGCACAGUGCCUGUUAAUAAAAUGAAAUCACAAUA